AUGGGUAGACCACAGAUGCAACCUUCCUUCUUCAAAGUCCUCGUUGGUGAUUUUUCUAAGCGACUGCUGAUACCUCCAGAAUUUAUCAAGCAUUUCAAUAGGAAUUUGCCAGGAAUAUUCAUCCUUCGAAGUCCGAAUGGAAAAUUGUGGCCAGUGAGGGUGAAAAAGUUCAAGGAUAAUUGGUUUUUCCGAAGGGGUUGGCGGCAAUUUGUGAGGUAUCACCGUUUGAAACCUGCAGAAUUCUUAAUUUUCAGGUACAAUGGCGAUUCCAAGUUUAGGGUCACUAUAUUUUCUAAAAAUGCUUGCGAAAAGGAAUUACCGUCAUCAGCUAAGAGGAGGAGGAGGAAGAACAUUGACCAUGAAAAUGGAAAUAAUCAUUCCCAUACAAAGAAAGAACACAUUUCCUUUUCUGAUGGUGAAGAUGAACCCAUAUCAGAAUCAAAGAAGAAAAUACUCAUUUCCGAAAUAGUGAAAGAAAAAUCCAUUUCUCACAUAUUGAAGGAAGUACGUGGGAAGAAGAGUCUCAAAUCCUCAAAGAAAGGGGUUGCUUAUGGUAAAAUGACUAGUGAGUUCUUGGAGAACCCAUAUUUCCUUUUUUUUUUUUUUUUUUUUCCCUUUCUCUAA